AUGAUGGUGCCAUCACGCGGCUACAUAUUCCUAUUAUUGUUCUGCCUUGUCGGCGUCGCGUCAGCAGGACGACGACUCAAGAGGCAAUGCGGAUGCACCAAUUUUUGCAAUUGCAAUCAGUCGCCGACGUACUUCAUUCAGUCGAAUCAGCCGACGUGCUCGUGCCAGCAGGCGCCCGCCUGCCUGCCGCAAUGCCCAAGAGCCGAAAUUAAUUCUGACUGUUCGGCGGUAUGCGUGCGUGCUUGCAUUCCAGCGUGCGCCAAGACCACUGGCAACACCUUCACAUGCUCAUCGCAAUGCGAGAACACUUGCCAGAAGACUUGCAGCUCUGCCGCUCAGCAGGCCGCCAUUCACAUCAAGAUCUCGCAGCCAUCACCAGCUCCACAACCAUUGGACUCGUGCCAAUCGGUGUGCCAGAACGUGUGCCAGGGCGCGUGCGUUUCGCAGAACUCGCCGCCGGCGAUUUGUCAGCGCACGUGCAAACAGUCGUGCACGUUCAGAUGCGCCACCAACGAACAAUUGACGACGCCAACGAUCCGAAUCACGAUGGACAUCAAUGAUCGAUAUUUCGACACGAAUUGCGACACGAAAUGCACACAGGCGUGCCAUUCGCAGUGCGUUUCCCAAGGAAACCCGGCGAGCGCGUGCUCCAACUCAUGCGGCAAUCAAUGCAGCAAUCAGUGCGCGGUUCGAACCACACAGGUGCCGAUUCAGCCAUCAUGCCAAUCGCAAUGCGAAAACCGUUGCAUCGGCGCGUGCCAGUCGACGCCACAGUCGGUCUGCGCGGCGUCGUGCUCCACCGCAUGUCAGCUCCCAUGCGACACCACCAUCCGCACCACCGCCACCACCGCCGCGCCAAUUCCCGUCGUCAAGGUGUGCAUUCCGGCGUGUAUGCCGGCGUGCUCAUCGGACUGCACGAAUCCCAACACGGUGCCCGUUGUGCAAGCCCAAACGCCGACGAUCAUCCAAGUCGCCGCGCAAUGUGUUCCCGCGUGUAUGCCCCAAUGCCUACCAUCGUGUACCAAUCCGACGCCGGUGAAUGUUCAAAUCCAGACGACACCGCCGCCGAUUCAAUGCAUUCCGAGUUGUAUGCCCCAAUGCCUUCCGCAGUGUGUCGAUGCGACGACGGUGAAUGCUCAAAUUCUGACAACACCGCCGCCGAUUCAAUGCAUUCCCAGCUGUAUGCCCCAAUGCCUUCCGCAAUGUACCAAUCCAACUCCCCUGACGACCACCACUCAAGCUUCAUUUAAUCAAUGUAUUCCUCCCUGUCAGCCGCUUUGCCUUCAAGUCUGCGUCGAGCAGUAUCUUGAGAAGCCGCCAACCCAGACGCAAUGCAUUCCACAAUGCCUUCCCGCCUGUGAGCUUCGGUGUAUUCAAGACGCCACCACCACCACUACCACUCAGGUAACACCUAUUGUCACUGAACCGCUCACGAGCACACCUGAGAUUGAUUAUAACACGACUGAGGAGGAGCCGGAUCCGGAGCCGGAGCCGGAGCCUGAGCCUGAACCUGAGCCCGAGCCCGAGCCCGAGCCAGAGCCCGAGCCGACACCUGAGCCUGAACCUUAUGAGCCUGAUGAGCCUGAAGAGCACUCACCCGUUCCACCUUACGAUUACCCGCAGUAUGAUGCACCAAAUACCACCGAGCCGGCACCGCCAUUAACUACUACUGCACCACUCCCAGCACCAACCACUACCACCACCAACACCACAACCACAACCACCACCCAAUCAAUAAGCCCAACCACAUCGAUUCCGCAGCACGACACACCUAACUGCCUUCCAGCUUGUCAGCCAUUAUGCCAGCCGAACUGCGUGAUCGCCAUGCAGGUUCUGUUGUUCGUCUCGUGUCCGGAUGCGUGUCGGCCGACGUGCACACCGGAAUGCACGUUCCAGUACAUGCACUCGGCGCCCAGCACUCCGCAGCACUACAAUCCACCGCACGAGAUCAGCGGUGUGAGCAGCAAUUGUAUUGCCGCGUGUCAGCCGGCGUGCCUCCUCGACUGCAUCAUGCCGUACUACAAGGAGAACAUUGUGCCGACGCCGAGGCCCCGAAUUGAGGUCGAGCAGAUUCUGGAAUCGCCGAGGCCCGAAGUGCAGUUUGCGCAGCGAACCGCCGAUGGCUAUACAAGAAACUUUCUGCACUUCAAUGGGCUUCCAAUGGCGCCCACUGGUGCUCAGUCAGCUCAAUCUCCCGCGGUGAAAGCGGCUCCACCGAUUCAGAUGAACCCAAGCAGCCCUUAUAACUAUUUGACGGUGAACAUGCCGAAGCCCCAACAAUUCACUAACAUCCCGAUUGGGAAUGGACAACAUCUGACAGUUCGGAUUAGCUCGACCGGAAGUGUUCCCAGUCGAUCGUUUGCGGUGAAGUCGCGAAGCCUGGCGAUUGAAGGCAACGAGGCGAUCGAUGAGAACAUGAGAUUCGCGGACCUCGUCAGAAAUGACGAUCCCAUCGGAAGGGACUGCAUUCCGCAAUGUAUGCCGUUUUGCGAUAGCGAGUGCCUCAAUCAGUUUGACGGAAGCCUUAGUUAUAAUUCCGCUAAUUCACAGUUUACUAACUCUUGCCCGAACGCAUGUAUGCCACAAUGUGAUCAUCAAUGCAUCAGCACGCUAAUCUGCCCGUCGACAUGUCAACCAGCUUGCGAUCCGAGUUGUCUUCAGAGGCCGCAAAUUAUCAACAUCAGUGUCAUCGGGCAGCAAGUUCAAUGCAUUCCAGCGUGUCGGCCCACUUGCGAGCCGUCGUGCAUCAUUGAACAGACCACUUCGGUUCAAACGCCGCCACCGACACAGCAACCACCGAGUUGCACAGUAUUCUGCCAGCCCGAGUGCACACCGCAAUGUCUACAGCAACAGCAGUGCGCUUGUCAGCAGACGUGCCAGAACGGAUGCCAGCAGCAGAGCCCCGCCGACUGCCGGAAUCUGUGCGUCGAGGUGUGCGCGAAUGAGUGCCCGCCAGCGCAGCCGACCUACAUUCCGGUGGUGCCGGUGGCGACGCAGACCAUCGCACAACCCCAACAACCGCAACAGCCGCAGAUUCUCAUCAAUUUCGCGGUUCCCGAAUGUGUGCCGGUGUGCGAGCAAUCGUGCAACGCGCAGUGCGUCGAGAAGUUCCCGCAAGAUCACUGCGGCUCGGUGUGCCAUUCGCAAUGCCAAGCCGCUUGCACUCAGCAAGCCAUGCAGCCGUCUGCACCACCAGCGACACCGGCCAACUGUCAGCCAGUCUGCCAGCCGGCCUGCGAGCCGUCGUGCAUCGCACAACAGCAGCAACCUGUCAAAAUUCAGGUCAAUCUUGCGCAACAGCCAGUGCUCAGCCAAUGCCAGCCAAUGUGCGAGCAGAGCUGCAUCAGUGAAUGCCAAUCGACAACUCUCAACGUCCAGGCGUCCACCUGUCAGCCAGCAUGCCAGGCGAUCUGCCAGCAGUCGUGCGCGGCACCAGCGCCAUCGCAAACCGCGCCGAUGCCAACCGCCCAGCAGUUGUGCACGCCGAAGUGCCUCAGCGAUUGUCAAGGAUUGUGCAAGGUCAAGUCGGCGCAAUGCCUUCAGGGUUGCGACGCUUCGUGCCAGCAGCUCUGCGGCUCGGCACCGACGCCUGUCGUCCAGCUCACGGUGAACUACAACUGCAACUUGCCUUGCGACGCGCAAUGCACUCAACAAUGCUAUCACCAAGCGCCGACUUGCGCUCCAGCGUGCGCCAGCGCUUGCGAAACUCAAUGCCCGACGGUUUCCUGCCAGGACGCUUGUGAAACUGUGUGCAUGGGCCAAUGCGUCUUUUCCGGACAAAACUCGAGACAAUGCGGACCAGCAUGCUCGCAAUCGUGCACAUCGCUCUGCGAGAAGAAGCGCAAGCGAGUGAAGCGAUCAUAG